CAAGUGUAGCGAGGGGGCCGAGCGCCCUCUCCUGGCCCCCGACGGGCCGGCGUAGGCCUGCCGAGCGCCCAUCUCCGGGAAGCGCACGCCCCGGGUGUGAGCGCCGCAGCCCCGAGGUCCGCCCGCCGAGCGCCCGGCCCCAGCCGGCGGAGUCCAGAGCCGGAGGCGGCCCUGCGCGUCCUGGAGGCGGGCGACGGGGUGGAGUCGCCGCCGCAGGCAGCCGCGCGGCUCCACCUGUUGCAGCGUCGGCGCGCGCCUGCUGGGGAAGGUAGAGAUCCGCGCGGGUCUCUGCCGCAGGGCGGAAGCGGCGAGGGGUUCGGGGGACAGUCCCAGCGGAGCGGCACGGACAGAGCGCUCCCAGGGAGGUGAGAGCCGAGCGCGGCCGCGGCCCCAGCGCCCCUGCAAGCCCCUCCGCCCGCCGGAUGCCGCGCCGCGCGGGGGCCGAGCAGGCGGUCCGAGUCCGCAGCCCUCGCUCAGUACAGUCGGGUCAUCCCGGCCCCCACCGGGGACCAGCUCCAGCCUCUAAGCUCCGGCAGCCGGGUCGGGGACUCCGGAGGCCACCGGGGCGACACCACGACUAGGACGCGCCCCCGCGGACCCCGCAGAGGCGGCCGUGCCACGGCCAGCAGGCGGACCGCGCGUCCCGGCCGUCAGCGGCGUGAGAAGCGAUGGUCCCAGGGGGCGAGACCUCGGGGGGAGAUCCGAGUCGGCUGGAGCUGGCCCUGACGCCGCGCCACGCCCCCUCCCCGGUCGGAGCCGGGUAGGGCGCGGGCUGGAAACCCAGCGCCGCAUCCGCUGGCCAAGCAGAAGCGGGCUCUGCGCCGGUCCCACCGCUCUUGAGCGUCACGGAGAACUCUGGUGGCAAAGAGGAUUCGAAACCAGGGCUCAAGGCGGACGUGGGGAGCCGGCUGGGCAGGCGCGGCCGAGGCGGCGACCCGGGGAGCCGCACGGCCCAGCGUGGCGAGCGGCGGUCAUGGGCGAGGGCUGAGCGCCCGGCCCCGCGCUGCCUCCGCGUCGGGCCAUGGCCGGCCGCACCUGCAGCUGCGGCCUGGGCCUCCUGCACGAGGACAACGCGCGCUUCCUGCUGCUCGCCGUGCUCAUCGCUCUCUACCUGCUGGGCGGCGCCGCCGUCUUCUCGGCGCUGGAGCGGGCGCACGAGCGCCAGGCCAAGCAGCGCUGGGAGGAGCGCCUGGCCAACUUCAGCCGCGGCCACAACCUGAGCCGCGACGAGCUGCGAGGACUCCUCCGCCACUACGAGGAGGCCGUCAGGGCCGGCAUCCGCGUGGACAACGUCCGCCCGCGCUGGGACUUCACAGGCGCCUUCUACUUCGUGGGCACCGUCGUGUCCACCAUAGGGUUUGGGAUGACAACGCCAGCGACAGUAGAAGGAAAAAUCUUUCUGAUCUUUUACAGCCUCAUUGGAUGUGCCAGCACCAUCUUAUUUGUCAACCUUUUCCUGGAGCGCCUGAUCGCCGUCAUUACCUACAUCAUGAAGUCCUGUCACCAGCGGCAGCUCCGGAAGCGAGGGACCCUGCCCCAGGACAGCCUGAAGCCCCCGGGGAAGCAUGAGGUGGACAGCAUGGCUGGCUGGAAGCCCUCCGUGUACUACGUCAUGCUGAUUCUGUGCAUGGCCUCUGUGCUCGUCUCCUGCUGUGCGUCGGCCAUGUACACCCCCAUGGAGGGGUGGAGCUACUUCGACUCCCUGUACUUCUGCUUUGUGGCUUUCAGCACCAUUGGCUUCGGGGACCUGGUCAGCAGCCAGAACGCCCAGUAUGACAGCCUAGGCCUCUACCGCUUUGCCAACUUUGUCUUCAUCCUCUUGGGCGUCUGCUGCAUCUACUCCUUGUUCAAUGUCAUCUCCAUCCUGAUCAAACAGUCCGUGAACUGGAUCCUGCGGAAACUGGACAGCAAGUGCUUGCGGCAGUGCCAAAGACGACUCUUGCGGUCACGGAGGAACGUGGUAAUGCCGGGCAACAUCCAAAACCGCUGCAACAUCUCCAUCGACACCGACGGGGUGAUGGAGAGCGACACGGAUGGCCGGUGUCUCUCGGGAGAGAUGAUCUCCAUGAAGGACUUCUUGGCAGCCAACAAGGUGUCAUUGGCCGCCCUCCAGAACCAGGUGUCCGAAGCAGCCAAUGGCUGUCCCCACCAGGCCAGCACGUUGUCCCAAGAGGAUGACUUCUCAGGGGGGGUCGGAGCCUUGGCAAUCAUGAACAACAGGUUGGCCGAGACGAGUGGGGACAGGUAGAAGUGAGGUAGGCUGCUGGGCCUGGAGGCCUGGGGGAGAGAGGAGGAGGAGAGACAGGCGCCCAAAGGACAGGCUCAGCUCCGUGCCCUGCCUCCGUUCCUUAGCCUGCUCUAGCCUCACUUUGCAGAUCUGACCCUGGCCCCACCAGCAGCCCCCUCCCAGGGCUGCAGGAACCUGACGCCUCGAUGCCUUUCUCUGGUCUUUAUUCUUUAGGUCUAAGGUCAGUCUUUUCAAAAUGAGUCACAAAAGCCCCCUCACACAUUGCAUUGCUUCUUCCCGGAGUCUCAGCUGCUGGGGAGAUGGGAUUCACUUGAUUUCCCGCUGCUGUGUUCUCCGGCUGGAAGUGAAAAAUCCUGAAGACCCUAGUUUCCCCCGUAACUCUAGAUGGCCAAAUUCACCUCCUCACCCCGCCCUCUCAAAAUUGAAGGCAGAGGCUGGUACUGUGGCAUAGUGGGUAAAGCUGCCGUCUACAGGGCCGGCAUCCCAUAUGGGCACUGAUUUGAGUCCCAGCUGCUCCACUUCCAAUCCAGCUCCCUGUUAAUGUGCCUGGGAAAGCAACAGGGCAUGCCCAAGUGCUUGGGCUUCUACAUGCACGUGGGAGACCUGGAUAAAGCCUGGGCCCCUGCACCCAUGUGGGAGACCUGGAUAAAGCCUGGGCCCCUGCACCCAUGUGGGAGACCUGGAUAAAGCCUGGGCCCCUGCACCCAUGUGGGAGACCUGGAUAAAGCCUGGGCCCCUGCACCCAUGUGGGAGACCUGGAUAAAGCCUGGGCCCCUGCACCCAUGUGGGAGACCUGGAUAAAGCCUGGGCCCCUGCACCCAUGUGGGAGACCUGGAUAAAGCUCUGGCUUCGGCCUGGCCCUGCCCUGGCCAUUGUGGUUGGCUUGGGAGUAAACCAGCAAAUUGAAGAUCUCUCUCUUUCUCUCUCUCUCUCUCUGUCUUUCUCUGUCUCUCUCUGUGUCUCUUCCUCUGUCUCUCCCUCUCUCUCCAUAAUUCUGACCUUCAAAUAAAUACAACUUUUUUUUAAAAAUUGGGGGUGGGUAACAUUUGAGAACAUGUCUGGGCUUUCCUUGCCAUGGGCUUUCUUCAUAGCAGAUUUGUCAGUGGUCCCACUGAUGGGGGAAAAUCUGUUCUACUCUUGACACCUGCUUCUCUGUGUGUUUGCCCUUCUUAUUAUUUGUCUCGGCUAAGGUGUCUGUGGGCCUCAACAUAAUAAGAAAACUAAAUUCCGCUCCCGGUCUUUAAACUGUUGCAAGGAGGUGGUGGCAGGGCCAAGAGGGGAGACGCUCACGUUUGUAGUUAAAGGACAAGGCUUUAGUGGUUUCUCUCAUUUCUACCAGGGCUUGGGGCCCACUACAACAAGACUGACUAUUUAUUAGAACUGGAAGUUUAAUAAAUCAUCAUUUUCUUAACUGAGAUUCCGUGAGUACUCAUUGUGGACGGCAGAGGGGGAGCACCUAGCUGAAGCGACAUUUACUGCACUCAGAGAAAAGGGAAGCAGGAAAGCGACUUUGAGGGCCUGAACGUCGCCACAGAGUCUUGGCAGAAGGAACGCUGCAGGCCAGGUAACCCUGGGGCUCGCCCUGGCUGGGCCACCGCCAUCCUGUGCUGCGUCCGGUUCUAUGUGGAGACUGUGACAGGUCUGGUUAUGUUGACCCCCCGGGAGGUCAGACCAUCUGAACUGGAAGCAAAGGCUGUUGGCCUCCCUUGAAUUUGCAGUAGAGCCCACUGCGUGUGUAUGGGGCGGAGAGGUGAGAGAGGGGUCUACAAGGGAGAACUGUGUGCACAGUGGUGAUCUGGAGAGACACCUGCCCACACCACACGCAGACAAAGCUGAAAUCCCGUGCCUAGUGAAGGUGAAAGGUUAACCAGGCAGCACCUGAGCCAGGAGGACCCUGGGCAACCAUCUUCCCCUACGCCCUUGCUCUUGACCCAAGGGAACAGAGACACAAGGGCUUGCUCAUGACCAAGGCCCUGGGACUGCGUGGUGCACGGCUGGGCAAACUGUUGAUGGUAAAGUCCCAGCCCUCGCUCCUCCCCACGCAGCCUCCAAGGCCUCCCUGAUAGCUCCUUCUGCCUCUGCUUUGCACUUGCAACCCCGGGAUAAAGCCCAAAGAGCAGCCACACUGGGCCUUGAACUCCAAAGUCAGAGAUCUUUGCUCUUACGGGGAAGCAUCCCGGAGCUUCUGUGAAGCCCUUGUUAGGAAUCUCUGACCACAAACCAAGUCCCCCCCACCCCACCCCGACCGUGGGCUAUGCAGUGAGAGGAGCCGGCUCCCAGCCCCUGGGGGAGUUCUUCAUCUCCAUAUUGCCGGUCCAUGGAUGGGCGUAAAGCAAGCAUGUUAGUCUCCAGCAGGGUCUCUGGGGACCGCAGAAGCGAGCCGGGAAGCCCGGGAGCGUGCAGCCAAUUGGGAGGUGCAAUCUUGCAAAGAUUUGUUUAUUGCUGUCUCUGUCUUUUGUUGAAAUGCUCUUGUUUUAGAUCCCAAGGAUUGUGUGUGUGUGUGUGUGUGUGUGUGUGUCCAUCCAUGUCCCUAAGCUCCUGGAAGGCGAUAUCAUGAUUCACCUCUGUCCUGAUGGCUCAUGGUGGAAACCAACAAAGACUCUUUCAUUAGCCCUAAGAGCAAGGGAUCCAGGGGAUCCAGACAACGGGUUCAGAAGCUCGCUCAUUACCUGUCCUGUCUCGGUCAUUUUCCCGUGUUUUCUUCUACAAGUUUCAAAGUUCAUGUCUUACAUAUAGGUCAUUAACCUAUUUUGAGUUGAUUUUUGUACAUAGUGACACACGGUGGGGGCAGAGGCUGUCUAUUUUGAUUCUUCUGCAUGUGGAUAUGCAGUUUUCCCAGUACCUUUUAUUGAAAAGGCUGUCCUUUGUCCAUUUUGUAUUCUUAGCACCUUUGUCAAAUAUCAAUUGACAGUAGAUAUGUGAGUUUGCUUCUAAGACUCUGUUCUGUUCUAUUGGUCUAUGUGCCUGUUUAAAUUCCACUGCCAUGCUGAGUUUUUUAAAUUAUUUUUAUAUAAGCUGAACAAAUUUCAUGUAUUUUGUAUACACAAAUUUAAUUUGUAUAUGAAUGCACAUAUUAAAUAAUGUGUGUAUCAUAAUGAUAUUUCCCACCUGUUUUUUUUUAAGAUUUAUUAUUUAUUUGAAAUGCAGAGUGACAGAAGGAGAGACAGAGAUCUUCCAUAUGCUGGUUCAUUCUCCAAAUGGCUGCAACAGCCAAGUCUGGGCCAAGCUGAAGCCAGGAGCCAGGAAUCCAUCUGGGUCUCCCACAUGGGUGACAGGAGCACCAGCACUUGGGCCAUCCUCCAGUGCUUUCCCAGGCACACUAGCAAGGAGCUGGCCUGGAAGCAGAGCAGCCAGGACUCAAACCUGCGCUCUGAUGUGGGAUGUGUUGCAGGUAGCAGCUUAACCCACUGCACCACACCACCAGCUGCUACCAUGCUUUGGUGACUUUGAAAUGUAUCAUUUUUAAAAGAUUUAUUUAUUUAUUUGAGAGUCAGAGUUACACACAGAGAGAAGGAAAGGCAGAGAGAGAGAGGCCAUCCAUCUGUUGGUUCACUCCCCAGUUGGCCGCAACGAUUGGAACUGUGCUGAUCCAAAGCCAGGAGCCGGGAGCUUCUUCCGGGUCUCCCACAGGGGUGCAGGGGCCCAGGGACUUGGGCCAUAUUCCACUGCUUUCCCAGGCCAUAGCAAAGAGCUGGAUUAGAAGUGGAUCAGCCAGCACCACAGUCAGAGGCUUAACCUACUGCGUCACAGCGCCAGCCCCUUAAAUGUAUCUUAAAGUCAGGUAGUAGAAUGCUUCUUUGUUCUUUUUUGUCAAGAAUGUAUGUUAUCGAGAGUCUCUUCUGGUUUCAUAAAGAUUUUAUAAGUGUUUUUUCUACUUCUGUGGAAAAUGCCAUUGAUAUUUUGAUAGAGAUUACAUUGAAUCUGCAAAUCAUUUUGGGUAAUAAGAUCAUUUUAACAAUAUUGAUUCUUCCAAUCCAUGAACACAGGAUGCCUCUCCAUUUUCCUGUGUUUAAUUUCAUCAAUGAUUUACAGUUUUCAUUGUAAAGAUCUUUCACCUCUUUGGUUAAAUAUUUAUUCCUGUUUUGUAUAGCUAUUGGAAAUGAGAUUGAUUUCUUGGUUCAGAUAAUUCUCUAUUAAUGUAUAACUGUGCUACUGGUUUUUGUACAUAUUCUGCAACUUUGCUGACAUUUUUUAUUAGUACUAAUAGUCUUUCUGUGAGGUCUUUGGGGUUGUCUAUACAUAAGAUCAUGUCACCUGCAAACAGUGAUGGUUUGACUUACCCUUUCCAA